UACACAUGUACCUACAGAAGAAUUGUAUAUGUUACGAGUAAAUACGGUUAAUUUUUUAGUAUUAUUAUCUGUAUAGUUAUCCUUUUUGAAUUAGAUAGGUACUUCGAUAUUUCAUUUUUCUAACGUCUGUCAUUCGGCUUGAAGAACAUGAAACAAGUGAACUACUGGCAGAUAAACUUGUCCUAUGGAAACUGCUAGUUACUGUCAGAUUUUGUAACAGAUUUUAUAGUGAAUAAUUAAUAAUGAAUCGCAUUAUAAUAUAUUUGUUGGUAUUUAUUAUGUUCCUAUUGCCAUCAUUUUGCAGACCACCGCACGUUGACGAGGAAAAUGAUAGUGAAAUGGAGGAGGCAGAAUAUGAAGACGAGGACGCUGCCGUUGUAGAUGAUGCUCUGCAUGGCGAUGAGGAUUCUGCACCUAAUGAUCAGUUUUCAGAAUACAAGAGGUCAAAUGACAAUACGGCCAACUUUAUAAAAUCCAAUGACAAUAUACGAGAACAUCCUAAACUCCAUCAAUCUAACAGACUCAUUAAAAAUGAUGCAAACGAUCAGUCAGAAAUAUUACAGCAUUUAGCUAAUCGUAAUGUUAAUAACUAUAAAGACAAUCGUUUACAAGUAAAAGAAUCAGAUGAAAUCAAUAAACAAGUAAUUCCAACUGAUGAAUCUAGCGAUGAUGGCGAUGCUCUGUUCGAACAUAGAGAUAAUGGUCGUGUUCAGCUGACUGAUUUUGAGAAAAAUAAAAACAAUAAUGAACCCAUCGAUUCUAAUGAAACUUUUUUACAACCAUACUGUAAUAUUUUAAGGUCUGAUAAUAAAGGCAUCUAUGGUUAUAAAACUAAUAAAAAUACAGGUUACAAAUUAAAUAGAGACAAACGUCGAACGGAAGAAAUAAAUAUACAAGAAACUGAACUUUCAUCUGAUGUCCUUGACAAUAAACAGGUUAUUAGUGAUAGCACUAAAGAGAACGACGAAUCAGCUAUUAAACGGCACAUAAAAAAAUUAUCAGGAGAAGAAUUAGAAGAGCUUCUGAAUUCACUUUCGGAAGACAAAAGAGCGCUGCUAAACAAAAUUAUGGAGAGUGAUCAAAAUAGUGAAUCGAUUAAUAAACGUGAAAUAACUAAAAAAGCUGGUGCUGUCGAGGAAAUCGGUUAUUUGGAGAAUGGAAUUUCAGACUCGAGCAAAAUACAAGGAUACAGUGCAAUUGCAGAUAGUACUGAAACGGUAUCAUCACAAAAUACCGACGCAACAGAAAACAAUAAAGAGACAGAGAACCAGUCAGAAAUGUCUGAAGUAUUAACGUCUAAAACCCCCCACCCUGAAGCAUUCGAGAGCAAAAGAGAAAUACCAAGAAAUAUUGAUGUAAAGCCAUCAAAUGAAAAUUCGAAUAAUUGUGCAUCCACUGUUAUAGAUAGGAAUGAUUUUCAUAUAGAAUCUAGUGCACAAAUAACUUCUAAAAACGCAAAUAAAAGAGAAGCUACUGUGGAUAACUUAACUAACGUAGACAUAUCCUUUGAUAACACUAAAAUAGAAGACGAUUUGAACUUAAAAGAUUCACAAGAUACUUCUAUAGAACAAAAUUAUAUAUGCUCAGAAGAUGAAGAUUUAUCGCAAUUAAUGAACGAGGACGCUCAGUUGUAUAAUACUGCACAUUAUAAUAAACGUGACACUUAUUUUGAGAACCAAAAGGAUCUAAGUGAUUCCAUAAAAUCUUUAGAAGAAUCGUUCCCAAACGAUAAUGGUUAUGAUGACCCUAAUCGAUAUUCCGAAUCAAAUAUGAUACCUCUAGUUAGAGUUAAACGAAAGAACGAUGAAGUGCCUGUGCAAAAAAGGGCUGCGGCUUUACUGCCAGACCCCAAAGUGGCAUAUUUCCCCUAUAGAGCUGAAAAUGAUGACGAAGACAAUGAGGAAAGCAAUGAAUUUGAAGACAAUGGAUUUUAUGAUAGAACAUCUAAUUACGCAAAAAAUAAUGCAAAUAAACUUUCUGAUUCUGUUAUUUCACAGUCUUCAAGAGAAGCCCAGCCCAGUUUGUCAGCUAAUAUUAAUAUGAAAAGUGAUACUGGUCUUGGGUCUGACACAGAUAACGUGUUAAUGGGCGUCGAAGGAGUAGACGAUAACCUUAUGUAUAAUAGCGGUUCCAGAAAAAGAGACACUACAGAAUAUAAUUCCGAGUCCCAAAUAUCUAAGAAAUCUAUACCGUUUUUAGGCCAAGUUUACCAAGCAAAUGAUAAAUUCCGUCUUUUGCCACGAAAUUACGAAGGCGAUUCAGGCCGUCAUAAACGAAUAAGAUAUACCAAAUUGUAGCUACCCCAUUAGUUUAAACAGAAUGCUCCUACUGUUUAAAAUCGCAAAAUAAAUUAUACUUCUUAGAAAAGUUUAACUACUCGGACAUGUCAAUCUUAGUUUGUAUUUCUGUUAAUUUACAUUAUUUUAGAUUUAUUUAUAAGACUCACUAUGUUCUGUAGUUAUUAAUAUAAUUAUUACUU